CUUGUCGUCUGGUCUUCAUUGAUCUUACAGCAUCUUACAGUGAUCUCUCGGAUUAAAUUUCUUAUAUACUUCCGAGAGUUUAGAUAACCUAUUAUAAAUUUUAAUUUUUCUUCCCUUCACAAUUGGAAUUCCUAACGAAAUAUCCACAUUUGCUAAUAUUUGUAUGUAUAUAAUUUAGCAAGUUUUUCUGCAAGAUCAAGAUGAGACGUUUGGUUAUACUAACUAGAAGCCCAAUGCUAAUGUCCAUAUUUCCAUUUACCAAUAAGGGUAAUGCUUUUGAUAAACCUGCAAAUGCGGUAAAACCAUUAGUAAACCCAUUGGAUGAUGAAAUGGGUUGGGACAGAGUAAAAAAGAUAUUUUGUCUGAAUGAAGAGGGUAUGUUCACAAAGGAAUUGCAGUCCAUCAUAAAUGUAACAUUAUCAGGUGUUGUACUUGGCGCAUUUUUGGGUGGUACUAAUGCAACCAAAAAUACAGUAGAUAAUUUCAUUACGAAUAAUGAAGCGACAAGAUUUCUAAACCAAUUUGACGCAAAACGGCAUCUUCAACAAGCAGUUUCUGUGAAUUUCAUAAGGAAGGGUGCGAAAUUCGGAGGAAAACUUGGACUUUUUUGCUGUAUGUUUAGCACACUAACAACAUGCACAUCAGCAUAUCGCGGCAAGGUAGCAACAGAAAAUUAUAUAUUUGGAGGUGCUGUAACGGGAUUUUUAUAUAAAAUGAAUUUAGGGUUUCGAGCAGCAUUAGUUGGUACUGGACUUGGCAGUAUGUUAGGUGCAGUGUGUGGUAGCUUAUCAAUUCUUGUUCUUACAUUAUCGGGAGUAACUAUGGAUGAAGUAAUGACGGCACAACAAGAGUGGAUAAAUUCAAGAGACAAGGUGAUAUUUGAGAGAAUAAAAGAAAGUAUGAAUUCUGAGUUACCACAACUAAAAGAAAUGUACGAAGAAAAUCUGGAAGCAAGGAACAAUUCAAGGUUUAAGCAAGAAAAGGACACUGAAAAUUGCAACACUUAACACAUACUUAUUGUGUAAAUAAAUCUUGUACAUAGUAACA